CCUAUACCCAAACUCAGGCUUAAACCCUACAUAGCUUCCGUCCUCCAGAACAAAGAACGUAGUUCUACUUCUACCAAGGAACAACAUACACCGAAUCUCCGCUAACAUGGCCACUUCGAUACUCCUGCGGUCGGCCCUUAGGCGCCCGGAAUUGCAUACUUCUGCUUUAGCUGCUUCGAGAUCCUUGGUGGGAAAUGUUAAGGCAUCCCCUGCUACCUCUCCUUUGUCAAGGAUGUUGACUAGUCUCAGAUACUUCAGUUCAAGGCCACUAGCUGAUGAUGUCAUUGGAAUUGACCUGGGUACCACAAAUUCAUGUGUUGCACUUAUGGAGGGAAAGACUGCCAGAGUUAUUGAGAAUGCCGAAGGAACCCGAACCACCCCAUCUGUAGUUGCUUUUAGCCAGAAAGGAGACUUGCUUGUGGGAGCUACGGCAAAACGUCAAGCUGUGACCAAUCCACAAAAUACACUUUUCGCCACUAAACGUUACAUAGGAAGGCGUUUUGAUGAUCCUCAGACACAAAAGGAAUUGAAAAUGGUGCCUUUUAAGAUAGUCAGAGCACCUAAUGGAGAUGCUUGGGUUGAAGCUAAUGGACAAACGUACUCUCCCAGCCAGGUUGGAGCAUUCAUACUUACUAAGAUGAAAGAGACCGCCGAAUCUUACCUUAACAAAAGUGUGAACAGAGCUGUAAUUACGGUUCCAGCCUACUUCAAUGAUGCUCAAAGACAAGCUACAAAGGAUGCUGGGAGGAUAGCAGGUCUUACUGUGGAAAGAAUAAUUAAUGAACCCACUGCUGCUGCACUUUCUUAUGGAGUCAACAACAAGGAAGGGACAAUCGCAGUUUUUGAUCUAGGAGGUGGUACUUUUGACAUUUCCAUUCUAGAGAUAUCAAAUGGUGUCUUUGAGGUAAAAGCAACUAAUGGAGACACAUUUUUGGGAGGAGAGGAUUUUGACAACACAAUGCUGGAAUUCUUGGUGAGCGAAUUCAAGAAGGCAGAGAGGAUUGAUCUAUCAAAAGACAAGCUUGCCCUGCAAAGGCUGCGAGAAGCUGCUGAAAAGGCAAAGAUAGAACUCUCUUCAACAUCUCAGACUGAAAUCAACUUGCCAUUCAUAACUGCAGAUGCCUCUGGAGCAAAGCAUUUUAAUGUGACUUUGACCAGAUCAAAGUUUGAGACUCUUGUAUAUCACUUGAUUGAAAGGACUAAAGCCCCUUGUAUAAGCUGUCUGAAGGAUGCCGGUGUCUCCACCACAGAUAUAGAUGAAAUUCUUCUGGUUGGAGGAAUGACCCGUGUCCCUAAGGUACAGCAAGUAGUUGCUGAAAUUUUUGGUAAGAGCCCAAGCAAGGGUGUCAAUCCUGACGAGGCUGUGGCAAUGGGAGCCGCCAUUCAGGGUGGUAUUCUACGUGGUGAUGUGAAGGAUCUUCUGUUAUUGGAUGUAACUCCUCUCUCACUUGGUUUAGAAACUAUGGGUGGCAUUUUCACCAGGUUAAUUAACAGAAAUACAACAAUUCCAACAAAGAAGUCCCAGGUCUUCUCCACAGCUGCUGAUAACCAAACUCAAGUUGAUAUUAAAGUGCUUCAAGGGGAGCGCGAAUUUGCAGCAGAUAACAAACUUCUAGGGGAGUUUAAUCUUGAAGGAAUUCCACCUGCCCCUAGGGGGAAUCCACAAAUUGAAGUAACAUUUGACAUUGAUGCCAAUGGCAUUGUUACAGUUUCAGCUAAAGACAAGACUACUGGGAAAGAACAACAGAUAACAAUACGUUCAUCCGGAGGGCUUUCUGAGGAUGAGAUUCAAAAGAUGGUCAAAGAAGCCGAGCUGCAUUCACAGAAGGACCUGGAGAAAAAAGAACUGAUUGAUCAGAGAAAUUCUGCUGAGACAACCAUUUAUAGCAUUGAGAAGAGCUUAACAGAGUUUAGGGAUAAGGUUCCAGCUGAGGUGGUGACUCAAAUACAAUCUGCAGUCUCAGAUCUACGGAAAGCAAUGGAUGGAGAAAAUGUUGAUGAAAUAAAGGCAAAGAUGGAAGCUGCAAAUAAAGCCGUUUCAAAGAUUGGAGAGCAUAUGGCUGGAGGUAGCGGUGGGAAUACCUCUGGAGGGUCUGACCCUCAGGGUGGUGAUGAAGCCCAAGAAACAGAAUAUCAGGAGGUCAGGAAGUAGCAGGAUUAUAGAAGGUGAAUUUUUUGUUAGUUUACCUAAUUGAAGGUAAUCAAUUUAUGUUGAGUCGUAGUCUUUGCGGCAAGCAUGCAAGACAUUGGACCUAUUGGUUUAGACAAUUUGCAGAAUUCUUUCGUCUUAAGACUGCUUGUACAUCACUGUUGGCAUCUGUCACGAAAUUUCUUCAAUACAAUGUUUAAAUGGUACUCA